ACACAACGACAGACGAUUCCCCCCAUGUCGUGUAUUGUCGUGAACCAGCUAUGCCUACCGCCAGCUAACGCGUAUUCUCUGUUCUAGUGGUAUUUGCUGUUUAUCAUCACCUCUCCAGUUACACCCAAUAAAUAUCAAAAUAUGGCGGUUGUACUGGACGAUUUCAAUUUUGAAACCGUUGUAAUAGCUCAAGAUCUUUUAAAUGCAGGUGAAGAAUGCACCCAAAGAGGUCUAAAUUUUACGGCGAAAUGGCUUGCUGAGAUGGAUUUUGCUGUAACACAAAAACUAGACCCAGAUGUAGCUGAUAGCCUCGAAUACCAACAGCCUAAGAGGAAAGGCAGGGCAAGAUAUGUUUUGGCUAAAAAGUAUUUAGAUGUUAAGGAAUACAGCAGAUGUGCCCAUUACACCCGAGGUUCCAAAGAUCAAGUCAGCAUGUUUUUGCACUAUUAUUCAAGAUACAUGGCUGGAGAGAAAAUCAUUGUUGAGGAUGAAAGUGACAAAUCCAGUGAAACUAAGAUAGCUCACUUGAAACUAUUACACCAAGAUCUGGGGAGGUUAAGAAACACUGCACAAUGGGAUGGUUAUCUUUGCUAUUUACAUGGCUUAGUUCUAAGAAAAAUGGAUAUUCCACAUGCCCUAGAAGUUCUUCAAGAUGCUGUUAAUUUAACUCCACUUAAUUGGGCUGCUUGGCUUGAACUAGCUAACUUGAUAAAAAACAGUGAAAUGCUAAGUCAGCUGAAAUUACCUGACUGCUGGAUGAAAUAUCUUUUCAUGGGGCACAUUUUGGGUGAACUUCAUUUAGACGAAGCAGCACUUAGUUUAUAUGAAAAACUUCAUCAAGGAGUGUUUGAACACAGUCUAUACGUCAAAAGCCAAAUUGCGAAAAUUUACUACAGUUUAAGAGAUGGAAUCCAAGCAGCAACAAAAUUCAGCGAAAUUCGCGAAGAAGAUCCGUACUGCCUUGACGCUAUGGAUGUCUAUUCAAAUGUCCUUUACGUUCAAAUCAAUCAACCUGAACUGGCACAACUGGCUCAUCAGGCCUUUGCAGUAGACAAGUAUCGGGUAGAGACUUGUUGCAUCGUUGGAAAUUAUUAUGGGUUGCGGGGUCAACAUGAGAAAGCAGUCCUGUACCUUCAGCGUGCUUUGAAACUAAACCCCCACUACUCUUAUGCAUGGACAAUUAUGGGCCAUGAAAACAUUGAGAUGAAGAACUCAAACGCUGCUAUUGCGUGCUACAGAAAGGCUACAGAAAUGAACAUGCGCGAUUUCCGUGCCUGGUACGGACUUGGGCAAGCCUAUGAAAUCUUAAAGAUGCCUUUGUACAGCCUAUAUUACUAUCGCAUGGCACAAUCACUGAAACCGGAUGAUUCGCGUAUGCUGGUGGCCCUUGGUGACGCCUACGACAAGCUAGAAAGACUACACGACGCGAAAAAAUGCUAUUGGAAAGCUCACUGUGUAGGUGAUUUGGAAUGCAUUGCUCUUCUACGACUCGCAAAGACUUAUGACAAGCUGAAAGAAACAGACCAUGCCGCAGCAGCUUAUUGUGAUUACCUGCGUGACAGCGAGAAACAGGGAUCUGGAGAAGGAGAUGAGCAUCAUGGCCAGGCGUACCUCUAUUUAGCAAGCUACUAUCUGUCUAAAGGUCCACAGUUCCUUGACCUGGCCCGCGAAUACGCCCAAAAAUGCGUGGAAUAUCCCACGACGCUUGCAGAUGGGAAAGCCUUGUUACGCGAAGUUGCACAGCGAUGUCAAGAAGAAAAUUCACGUGUGGGCGGCAAUGUCAUUCACAAAACUACCAGUGAGACUCUGAGGCUGACAGACCAGCUGCAUCCCAAUCAGGUGGGACCAUCGUCUACUGUGGACAUCAAGAAAACAAGUUCGUUCCAAAUAACUAGUGUAAGAGUUUCAUCCAGCAUCAGUAAUGAUGGGGAGGAUGAUUCCUGUGGUGAGGUGGAUGACACACAGACUGAACCAUCUGAAGUGGGAAGCCACAACCAAAUUGAUGUGGAAGAGGAUAUAGAAACUGGUGGGGAUAAUGGCCCACCAGUGAUGUAUGUCAGUAAUGUGCCAGUAUCACUAGCUCAACAACAAGUCAAUGAAGGAAGUGCCCUCAAACUAGAGGACAAGGAUCAUGGAUUGCAGCGGCGGUUUAGGGUAGUGAAGAUUGAAAGUGCUGAGCCCUUUAAGCGGGGAAGAUGGCUCUGUAUGGACUUCCUAGACCAGCCCUCUAUCCAACCUAUACUGUCUAAGGAAGAGCCUGGUUCUGCGACAUCAAGCUCAGGCAGCUUGUCUGAUCAUAUUUUGACAGAUGAUGGGCAACAUCAUGCACUAUACUUGCAGCAGCCAAAUCAAACCCUUCAGAAUAUCAGCACUGGAGCAGUCUUGAAUUCUGGCAACCAGCAGGCUAGCAAUAGUAUUCACGUAGUACCACAUUCCUUGCCCGCCAGUGCGGCAUCCAUCAGUUACCCCCCGGCCCAACAGCUGCUGCAGCAGCAGCCUAUGUAUCAGACACAAUCAUCUGUUCCAUUAGGCUACUCGGUAGCUUCUGUCACAACCAUUCUGCAACCAAGCGCAGCGACAAUAGCCACCACAUCCAAUGCCGCAAGUCUCGCCAUCCCACUUGUCUCUUCACAAUCCACUCCUUCGGUGUCUGCUGGUGCACCUUUGCCCGGCCUAUCUUCCAAUGUUGCGCAGCCAUUUCUUCAGCAACCCGUCCCACCAGGCCUUCUACAGCAGCAGCAAUCUAUGGCUAGCCAAUCUGCUUAUACAGCUUCAGCGGUGGCUCCGCAACAACAACAACAAUAUGUAACUCCGGCGUCUGGCAUCCAGCCCGGAAUGACAGCGCAACAUUUGCCGUCCCAACAGCCGACCCAACAGCCCGUUGUCGCGCAGAUUCCAGUAAUGGCCCAACAAAACUUGAUUCCCGUGCAACCGAGCAGUAACAACAAUAUCGUAGCGACGUCGCCACACCCUUCAGCGGCGAACCUUAUCCAGCCAUCCAGUACUAUUCCGACGCAAGCCAACCAAAAUUCUAUGCAUCCGGUUGUGCUAUUGCCUUCAUCUACUUCACUGCAGCAGCAAUCGCAGCCAACUCCGGUGGUACCUAUUCAUGGUCCUCCUCCCGGACUUAUUCCUCAGCACCAGCAUCCGCCCUUAGGGCUUCAACCGCAGCAGCAACCUGGGAAUCAAGGCCAACCGACUUUCGCAGAAAUAGUUGCCAACGCUCCGGUACAGUCCUUACCUAACACGCAACACCUUCAACAGCAUGCCACGCAGCCGGCAUCGUCCGUACAACCGAUUCAGACUGUUGGUGUUCCUCCAACUUCCACUUUGCAACAAUCUGAAGUGGUUAUGCAACAGCAGUCUGUCCAGCAAAUGCAAUCGAUGCAACAAACACAUAUACAGCAGUCUGGCUCGGUACUUAUGCAGCCGCCACAGCAACAACCCGCAUUAGUCCAACAAACAGCGACUCAACAUGCCGUCUAUGGCGGCAGCAGCAACAAUCAAACCAUCCCGGUAGCAGUUAUGUCCGUUGCGACCAGCAUCCAGCCACAAGUCCAACUUAUUAUGGCAGCGCCAUCCACCUUGACAACAGCCAUUGCGAGCAGCAAUGCAGGUAUGGAGACGGCAAUGGCGGCUUUGCCACACGGUCCCGGAGUGCUCAACAAAUCGCAGAGCGUGGCAGAUGACGGCCACGCCGGUGGUUCAACCGACGAUCAUGCCAGUGCCUCGGGAAGCAGUACGGUUGCCAUUGACAACAAAAUCGAACAGGCAAUGGAUCUCGUCAAGAGUCACCUGAUGUUUGCCGUCCGGGAGGAGGUGGAAGUCCUUAAAGAGCGAAUUGAUGUCCUAAUGGAGCGAAUCGCCUUCCUGGAAUCUGAGAAUCAAAUUCUGAAAUCAGCUGCCACUCAGGAGACCUUGGCGCAGAUAGCCCAGUUGGAGGCCACGUUCCCCGUAAGCGGGAACGAUAAUAUUGGCAGCGGGGGUUCGGUCUCGGUCGUUGGCGUUGCCUCCUCUGUCGGACCUAUCGUCAACAACACCGUCACGUCGACGACAACCACUCCAUCAACGACCACGUCUUGCACCUCUUCUCAUCUUCCGAGUGGAACAUCACCUGCUCCUUAGCAUUAGGUUUGGUGUGUUCCCUCGGAAACGAAUGUUGUGUUUUUUUUUUUUUUUUUUGCUCUUGCUUCUUCUCCCACACUUUCCCUAGACUGCAACCUCCACUGUUUAAUAUUAUAUAUUUUUUUUCUUCUGUUGGUUUCCAAUCGUUUUCCUUGUCAUUUUUGUCACUUUUUGGGUCGACGAUCACUCCCGAAGGAUCGGGAAUACUUGGGUGAAAGGGUAAAAUAAUAAGACAAAGCGAAAAAGAAAAAGAAAAAAAAAAUGAAGACGAAUUCAUACUGACGGAUGGGGUAUCCGAAAGGUUUUGUCUUUUUGACACCAAAAUCUGUAUAAAAAAACAAAACAAACAAACAAACACACAAAAAAAAAAAGCAACAACGAGACGUGUAUUCAUUUUGUAUAGAACAGAGCAGAGAGAGAAAGAGAGAAAUAGCUUUUGUCUUUGCAAAAGUGUUAAGUUGGUGCGGGAGUGACGUGUCUCAGCUUAUUUUGUCAUGUUAAAGGCGCGUUAAAGGAGAAAACUAAAAAAAAAAAAAAGCUCACUUUCAUAGGAAAACUAGUCCACCUAUAAUUUUCCCUCCCUCUUUAUUCUAUACCCUCCCAGUCCUCCAUAUUUUUUUUUUCUUUCAUUUUUUUUUUUUUUAUUGAUUAUCAUUAUUAUUUACAAAAUGUUUUAUAAGUCUUUUCUUUCUUCUUGUGUGAACUCCGUGCAUAAGAAGGACAGAAAAAGAGAGAGAGGAAGGUCGUGCGGGGUGCUAUAAUGAUAAUCUCUUCUAUCCUCUUUUUUUUUCAUUUCACUUUUUUUUGUGCAUCUUUUUCACCUGUGAUGAUGAUAUGACAGCGAGAAAGCCAACGCGGAAUGAAGUGGAUCGAUGUGUCGACCAUUAUGUUAUGUAUAUACCACACGUAUGUGACUACACACCACUUUAAUCCUCGUCUCCACUACUACCACAUAUUAAAUGAGGAUUUUGAAAAUAUGUAUCGCCUUGAACUGGGCGAAUCAUGUCCUGUGUUUGUUUAUUUGUUUGUUUAUUUUUUUUUUUAUAAUUUUUUUUUCUUUACUUCUUCUUCUGGUCUUGUUGUUCACCGGUCGACAGCCUUAAUAACGAAGCCAGGGGAAAAUAAAAGAAUACAGACUUGUCAAAAUUGAUACAUGAAAGAAGCGAGAUAUUUAAGUCAUUCGUCCCACCACUCAUUUAAAAAUUUCCCUCCCAAGUAACAUCCAAUAUUUCGAUUCGUAUGAGUUUCUUAGAGGCCUCGCCUGCCAUUUACAAGUCAUCCGUAUCGGACACAUACAGUUGGUUGAUUAUUGAUUGUUUUGUUGUUGUUUUUUUUUGUUUUUUUUUUCUUCUUUCAUACACAUUAGACCUUGCCUUGCCAAUGGACAUCUGGGUCCCUUUUUUUUUCUCUGUGUUAUUUCCUCAUUGGCAAGUCUCGUAGCCAUUUCCGGUUAAUGAUGAAUGCCAACUGUCAACUGGUAAGGAAACAUAAAAAAACUACGAGUUGAAUGGGGAGGGAGAAGGGUGAUAGGGGCGAGGAAAGAGAUUGGGAAGUUGGACGGCUGCGUUCGUCAUUGGCCAUGUUGAAAUUUUCAUUCGUUCCUUUAACUCUUUCGCGCCCGCACACAUACACUUGACUUCUUUCAAUGGAUUCUUGCCUGUACCCACUUGUCUCAUUAGACAGUUUCACGCUAUUUGAUUCUAUAAUAAUCAAUUGGGCUCCUUUUUAAUUUGUGCUCAUGUUUUGUUCCUUCCCCCCGCAUCUGUGUUUGGAUUCUUUUGGAUAUAUUCUACUUGUGUAUACGGCCGCGUGUCGGGUGCCUUCCAUGUGCAAAACAUUACAAAAGGUUGAAAA